UUCGGAUACUUUGUCGGCAGAUAUCGCCACUGCCGCCCCACAAAAUCUCCCACACUCGCCCACACUCGCUUCUAGUAGUACCUGCUCUGCACUGCCCUCCACACCCCCCGGACUCCUCAUUUUCAGCAAGGUUCUGGUCUGGAAUGGCUAUGGAUUAAUUGAUGGGUUGCCUCUUUUCUUCUUGAUAGACACCCAAUAUGCCACAAUCGACGCCAUCGAAGCCUCUUAUAUGUGGUGCGUGCCAAAAGGCUUUCACCAAAGCGGAACACUUGAGGAGACAUGAACGCUGCCAUACCGGAUCCAAGCCAUUUGUUUGCAAAGAAUGUCGCAGGCCAUUUGCGCGCCAAGAUGCUUUGACCCGCCAUGAGAAAUUGCACAGCCGUGCAGCAGCCACCAAGCAGACACAGUCACAGCAAUCACUGCCUGUGUCCCGAGUGGCUUCAUUUGACACGCUACCUUGGGACGCUCCUCGAGCACCAGCAGAAGAUGUGGUCGCAGCUUGCCCUCCAGGCCAAACCUGGGAGGCAUCUGGUACUCAUCAGGCGUCAGGCCUGCAGGCUACGGCCUCAGACCUUGAUUUUGCCCUGAUAUGGCCCGACUCAGAGAACCUGUUCCAGAGUAUCAUGUCAUCAGAUACCUCGGAUCAGUGGCAGAUACCUCUCGGUGCCCUACCUGUCCCUCCUGUAGUGCAGGACAUCAGUGGCAUGAAUUUUGGGUCUCCCAACUCCUUCGAUGAUAGAGCGUCAUCGAUUGGCACUAUUCCAUCGGGUGGGAGUCAUCAGGCCGUGCGAGACGUGUCAGAUAUGGUCACCAGUUCGUCCUCCAGCGUUACAGCCGCGAUCAAGGCUACUUCGAUUACAUCCGUCUUUCUAGACGAAUGCCUGCAUAUGUUCUUCGUGCGGUUUAUCCCUACGUUUCCCAUUCUCCAUCGGGCUACUUUCGUUUUUCGUGACUGCACACACCCAUUGCUCCUCGUGGCGAUGGCCCUGGGUUCCUUGUAUUUGGGACCCAAAGACUCCGUUUCCACGGGAGAAGCCUUGUUUCGUCUGGCACAUACUGCAAUCUCGACAUCAUGGCAAUCGUUAAUUACUCACCGCGGGCCGUACGAUGCUUGUAACGGUGUUCAGCUUCUGCUAACAGCGUUACUGGGGCAGAUAUAUGGUGCAUUGUCCAAGAACCGAGCCAUUCGUACCACAAGUCAGGUGUUUCGUCCACUCGGCUUCUUCUGGGCAAGACAUUGCGGCAUGCUGGACAGCGAACCCUUUUCAAUGGAAGAUGUGCCAUUCCCUAACGCAUCUAGCUCCGAAAAGGAUCACACAUGGCGGACAUGGGCCGCAAGAGAGAUUCAGCAACGCGCUCUGCUGGCAUACUAUAUCCUAGAUGGACUCGUUGCUCAGAUGUCUGGCGAUGGAGCCUCCACUCGCCACGUCGCUAACCCGCUUACCCUUCCUAGCAGUGAAGCGGCGUUUGAUGCCAGCACCGCAGACGAGUGGUUGACACAUAUGCGCUCUCAGAAACCAGAUCAGCCUUCCUUCCGCUUGAUCUUCCGCUCCCUCUUCCCUCCCAUCGGCAAUUUCCGACCUCUCGACUACCAAUUAUCUGCCUUUUCCCUUCGGGUAAUCUUGGAGGGCCUGCAAUCCCUUGUUUCCGACUCAGAUGAGUACGAUCUUGCGGCCGUAGGUGUCCCAGGUCGCUCGGACGUCCGCCGGGCCCUAGCCCAAGUCCACGAAACCAUCACAAUGAGCAUUCAUCUCUCCGCCGCCGAGCGCCUCGAGGUUCUCCUGCGCUGGCAUACAAUUUGCCUUGACACCAUGAUCAACUCCACCGUCCUCUGCCGGCACGUUUGCAGCCGCCAUGAAAUUCCACAGCACGUCUCUGGAGGCACCCGCACCCUGCGCUCCAACUUCGACAUGCUAAACUGGGUCCACACCGAAGAUGCUCGGCGCGCCCUUCUCCACGCCAUUGCCAUCCAGGACAUAAUUGAGCAACUUCCCCGCGGCCGUGCACACGUAAUCCACAUGCCGAGUUCUCUCUUCGCUGCAGCAACAGUCUACGUCGUCUUCGCUCUGGCCGGUGUCGCAAACAUCCAUCUCCCCCGCACCAUCGUAUGGCAAGAUGCAUUACUCUCCCGCGCAGAUCUCAAUCUAGGCUGUGAGAACAUCCGACCCUCAACUGGGUCCGAGACGAGCCGUUUCGUCGUAGAGGGAAGGACGGAUUCGCCGCCGGGUGUUGCGGCUACUCGAAAUCUACUGUAUGAGAUGAAUUCGAUGCAGAAACUGUUCCGAUGUUUGAUUUCGCAGUGGGGGAUCGCGCAUGACAUGGAGGAGAUCGUUAAUGAGUGGAUUACCCUGUGUCAUUAGUUCUCUUGGCACUACUUACUGGUUUGGCAAAAUUGUGAGGUUCCGGCGUUGUUGAAUUAGGGUACAUGGCGAAUUGAGAACUGCUUGUGUACAUCAUCACCAAGCUACAUUACAAUGCACAUAUUUCAUAAACAGCGUCCAGUCACUCUUCUUUGCUAGUAUCAUUCAAGGCCGAUUUAACAUUAAGCAGUUGUUUUGAUGCUUAUCUGGCAGGCAGGAGUUACUCUGACGUUCGCUUCAGGAUUACUCAACUUGAAGCAGACCCUAGGUUCUCAGUAGGCAGUUGUUACAACCGCCCCAAGACUACUGAAGUGCUUGGCGUGACAGCGUGACAGCCCACCUAGAUGCUCCUACGUAUUUCAUAGGUACUUGCUUUGACCUAAGCCAAUUAUUCAAUAUCGUAUCGCUAGCUCUUCAAUGUUCGAGAAGACUCCAAGGUCGCUCAAUGUAUGUACAAAGGUAAGAAAAAGAUAUAGACGAGGAACACGUAUGCAAGAUUCGCAAUGCAAUUUGAAACAACCCAGAAAGCAGGGGUAUCGACUCUAUGCAGUCUAGAAAACAGAAAAGAUAGACAUCAGGACGGUGAAGAGUAAUGCAAAUAACCUCCGUAAGAUGAAAGACAAAACGAAGCAGGAAAAUGAUGUCGGGAAUAAGGAAGACAGCUCGUAAUACCAGAAAGAAAAUGGCAUGAUGCUUGGAUAUAAUCGGGACGAAAUGCGCAGCUGAACAUGCGAGAAAAAGUGCUAGACAGCAGGUGCGGCUCGAGUGCUUUGUUCGAGUUUCAUGAACGCUCGCGUCAUGGCGGAUCCGACUUCUUUGAAUAGCUCGUGCAUGAUGGAUUCAGACUUCGUAAGGCUUAGGCCCUCUUUUAAUGCCCGCUCCUUGAAGUACGGCAGCAUGCUGUCCCAGAAUUUGACAAACACCGUUUCGAUCGGAGGCUGGGUUUGAACGUUUUCCGAGCGCAAUAGGACGUGGGAGUUGCCGGGGCUCUGUUUUAUGAUGGGCUUGCUUGUAUCAGGGUCGGUGAACUGGUUGCGAGGACGUUGUGUAGGUCGAUCAAGCAGGAACUCGUCUUCCCGCUGUCUCUUCACGCCUGUAAGCGCUUGCAUAUGGUGCGGAUCUUGGAGCGUCGAAGAUAAUUGAUAUUUGAUGUUUGAUAGAAGUUGUCGACUGUUGGAUAACUCAAAGUUCAUGUUUCGAAGUUGAGUGCACCUCACGAAUCGGUCCUCCUCGGCCUUUCGGUAGCGAGCUGCCCAAAGAGAUGCUUCAUCCUUGACAGCGAGCGACGGCGAUGAUUCGGUGGUCGGAGGUGUAAAUAUUGAUUGUGGUUCCACGUCUGGGAGGCUUUUCACCCAGUCGGCCACUCGUUGAAGUUUGCUGCUUUGAGGCACCUCGGGAUUACGGACCAGCUGGCUGAGAGCCCGUUCCUUCUCCAACUGUUCCUUGAACUCGUCCAUCUCCUUCCAUGCAUCCAGCAACGACAUAAUCUCAGGUUCCAGCAGCUGAGGAGGUGCUGAGUGCCCGUCUCUGAUAGCGUCCCGGCAAAUGGCCCGUUGUGAGAUGUACUCGGUUAUACGGCGGCGGCAGGAGUAGUGAGAGUAACGGCGACCGAUUUCCCGCUCAAGUGCGACUUCAAUUUCGAUCCAAAACUUGGCGGAAGUGAACUCCGAUAUUUCUUUGUACUUCGCUCGCUUCUCGCAGACUUUAAUCAGGGCAAUUUGUUCGUUGAUAUCGAGGGGGCCGCGUUUGGGCUUGCGGAGGGCGGCGUCCUUGGGCUUCUGGAGAGUCUCAUCUUUGUGAAAGACUGUAAUUCCCUGUUCCAUCAUGGCCCCUUCCCUCCUUUAUCCCUCUUGUCCCGGUCGGAAAUUGCGAAUUCGAACCCGAAGCAAGAAAGAAAAGAGGAGAGGAGGAGGGCAGGUGGAGGUCAGAUGUUGGGUCGCAGAUGGGCUGAGAAAAGCGAGCGCCGCCCACUCUGAGUGGCACGGUGGCACCUGAUUGUCUUGGAGGCUGGACUCGGAAGUCACGGGGCGUCGG